UUGUGCGCCGGUUACAUGUUGACCUUACAGCGUUGCUACGGUUGUUUUAAAUCGAUGUGGUGUUUGGGGAGAGUCUGCAUCUUGUCCGUUUCCGUGCUGUUUUUGCAGGGCAUGGUUGUUGUAGGAAGUGUCAGUUUUUUUUAAGAGGUGGGGAGGCCGGGCUAUUCAAACCUGCAAUUCGCCGUAAACAAUCAUUCAUGCCUUUGACAUGAUAAACACACCUUUGUGUCCGCGUCGGCUCACUUAUUCUCCCCUAACACCAUCUUCACGAUCAGAUGUUCAUGCUCCUACAUUUUUGGGGUCUGCAGAAUAUGGCGUCCCGCCUUAUAAAAAUAAGGCUGCCAUUUUUGUUUCUCUUUUGUCUGGAAAUGUUUAAAGAAAACUGUCUGAGAAUGUCUGAGUCGCACCGGGAGGGUCGAUCCGUAAAAGCCUCCAUCAGUGGGAGUGCUGAGAUGCUCUCACACAGCCGACAUGUCCGAAAAGUCAAAGAAUGGAAAGUUUUUUGUACAUGUCGUUUAUCUGCACAUUUAAUGCGACGUUCACUUAUUUUCAGGGUUUCACUCUCAGACAAAAGGAAUAGAGGGGCUAAAUGUCCAAGCUAAUCGGCUAAGGCUGUGUCACACUGGUGUCUUUUUAUAGGUGACACAAUAUUUCUCGGUGACGUUUGACCUGUGAUAACUUUAAGGUGACAGUGUGGCACUGUAGGCCUAAUGUACACACUGAGUUAUUAACAGAAAUGUAGCAGCAACUUCUCACACUGUUAACAAAUAAGUCUUGACAUCGUGUUCCAAGGAUGGCAGAGCCUCGAUUUAACAACCCGUAUUUCUGGCCGCCACCUCCAUCCAUGCCAGGCCAGCUGGAUAACCUGGUGCUCAUUAACAAGAUCAAGGAGCAACUGAUGGCUGAGAAGAUCCGACCCCUGCACCUGCCACCUACCUCCUCCCCUUCCCAGCAGUCUCUGCUGCUGCCCACCUCGUCCCCGGACGGCAGCUCGCAGCACAUUAUGUCGAUGCAAAAGCUCCAGCAGGUGUCAGGUCACCACCUGCAGCAACAGGGCUCUGGACUACCGGACAUCGCUCUGCAUGCUCGCCCCGCCUCCAGCUCUGGACAAGAUGGAAACAUGGACGACAAGUCAGCAGUGAAGGCCAAAGGAUUGUGGGAAGACUGGCACAUGAGGCAGCUCAGCGAGCAACAGAUCCGGGUCAACCAUCGAGCAGUUUUAACUCCCACAGGUCUGGCUCCUUCAUCCCGACCCGACAACCACAGCAUCUCCGAGGCCCUGACCCCCACGACUCCAACCUCCAUCAGCCAGAACCGCCUGGGCGGGGCCCCUUGUGUGAACAUCAUCUCUGGGCUGGCUAGCAGCCCUGGCAUGGACCACAUGAAAAUGGGAGGCCUGGCUGGACUGUUGGGCCCCCCACCCAAGGCAACCCGGGGACGGAAGAAGAUCAAAGCUGAAAACGCGACGGGUCCUCUGCUGGUGGUGCCCUACCCCAUCCUCGCUGACCAAGGCUGUAUCACUGUGGCACCCAAAGAGGGAAAAACUUACAGAUGCAAAGUGUGCCCGCUCACCUUCUUAACCAAGUCAGACAUGCAGAUUCACUCCAAGACCCACACAGAGGCCAAACCUCACAAGUGUCCCCACUGCUCCAAGACGUUCGCCAACGCCUCCUACCUGUCCCAGCACCUGCGCAUCCACCUGGGGAUCAAACCCUACCACUGCUCCUACUGCGAGAACUCCUUCCGUCAGCUGUCCCACCUGCAGCAGCACACCAGAAUCCACACUGGCGAUAGGCCUUAUAAAUGUGCUCACCCCGGAUGUGAAAAGGCUUUUACCCAGCUGUCUAACCUCCAGUCUCACCAGAGGCAGCACAAUAAAGACAAGCCGUAUAAAUGUCCUAACUGCUACCGUGCCUACUCAGACUCUGCAUCGUUGCAGAUCCACUUGUCAGCGCAUGCCAUCAAAAAUGCGAAGGCCUACUGCUGUAGCAUGUGUGGCCGAGCAUACACCUCAGAGACCUACCUUAUGAAGCACAUGUCCAAACACACGGUGGUGGAGCACCUAGUGAACCAUCAGUCGCCUCAGAGGAACGAGUCCCCCAGCAUCCCCAUCCGCAUCUCCCUCAUCUGAGCCCCCGGCCGCUCAGCAGCGGGUCGGAUUCAAAGUCUACGUUAGGCUGGAGCUUAUGAGGCCCUGCACCCACAGCCAUCUACAUAAGGCUUACAUUAGCAUUAUGACAGCUGACAUAAGCAUUCAGUGCUAGAUUCAGUAAACAGGCUGCCUCCAUGAUCCAUCUUGACACAGGCCGUCUGUCAAAAAUGAGCACAGCGUUAUUUUGUGAAUGUAAAAAAUACAGCUAGAUGUUGUCCGGAGGAUCGAGUGGCAAAGAAUGUCUUGCGUCAGAUUCAAUAAGCACUUUCGUAAGCGUCAUGUAAACUGCCGGAUGCAUUGGGCAUGAGAAAUGUUUUUAGUUAGGUUUGUUUUUUUCCCUCUUCCAUGAAAUGGGUUUCCAAAAUGUGCCAGAUGAUAUUUGCCCUUUUAUAGAGACUUGAGAGAAUAGAAAAAAAUGUUUGCUGGGUGUAUUCUAGAGACAUCCAAAGAUAAUCUUAAAGCACUUUUAGGCCUUGUGGUUUUGGCUCAAAUUGUUUCAAUCUUGUUGGAUGGAAAAUGCCAAAGGGCAUUACUUGUGGCAGCUAAGAGCACUGACUGUGUAUAAAAAAAACAGUCUUUUUAUGUUACUUUCUUUGUUUUUACUCACAUUUUUGUGCAAGUACACAUUUACAGGGUCAUCUAAAUUUGAAGAAAGGCAAUCGGUAGAUGACAAUUUAAACAUUUAAUGAUUGUAUUGAGAAGUUGCAUUAUUGACUUAGGGAGGAAAAAAGUAAAGCAACAUGGAAGGGAAGAAGGAUGAAUGUUUUUUUUUUUUAUUAUUCCAAAAUCUUUCACUCCAUAUCCAUCUUUAUGGCACCUUUGUGAUCACAACACAUGAUCAAUGAAACACUGCUUUUUACAUUGUGUUUUCCUCACGUCCCGUUAAGUAGUGCCAUAUUUGAACCUUGUCGAGGUUUUAAGAGGAAGCAAAUCUUGUUAUAGUGCGUCUGCUUUCUGGACUCAGUUAAGCUUUGACUAUUAUUUCCUAGUGUUAGAGGUUGAAUACAUUGCACAUGUAUCAGUGCCAGUUCUGCUCUACUCAGCCCUACUUUCAAACACACUUCAGCUGAAAUUUCAAUUUUACUCGAGUGGUCAAUUUUAAACCCAAACAUUGGACCAAAUGUGAAGUUAUUGUACAGCUACUCUGACCCAGUUAAGUAUUUUAUAAAUCUUUAAUAAGCUUUACCCAUUUUUGGAAUAAACUGCAGUAUAAGUCAUAUUCCAUAGGCCUAUGUUUUGAGUUUAUGUGGAGGUGAUGCUUCUCCUUUUUUGGGUUUUUUUUCUCUUUUAGUAUUCUUUUUAUUGUACACAGUAUUGUUUUCUGUAUUUUUACUGUAACUUUAACCUCUGGAUGGUACUAAUAGAGUACCCUGUAUUCUUCAGGGCACUGCAGAAAAGGUGCUACAGCUAGAUGUUACGUUUGAGAUGGAACUGAGAAUAAUGUAUAAUACAUAUAUAGUAUGUUUUCAAAAGAAUAAAAACUUAUUACUCAAGCCACUGGCCUGAAAACAGACAUUUACGCCAACAACAGACCCUGCCUCUUCAACUUACUCUCUCUUUUGAGAUAAUGGGAAAAUGUACAUGUUGCUGUACUGUAAAACAUGUUACUCAUUUAUAGUACCUAUUUUUUUAGUUUUCAUAAACAUGCAUUGUUUGGGUUUUGUAAAAGUUUAUGUAUGAACUUAACUGUAAUUAUUUUAGUCUACCCAUAUGUUAUUAAUAUUCAUGUUUUAUAUCAGUUAUUUACAUGUAAGCCUUAACUGUUUUAUCAUCCCAUUUCCAUUACUCUGUAUUGUGUUCUGCAGUAUUCAGUCGUGUAAACAUUUUCGUUUUUUUCCUUCCGCAUGGAGUUCCUGAGCUGUAAUCUGUACGAUACCUGUUUAACCCAUGUUCUCAAUGAAAAGAUAUUGCGUAGAUUUAUUACACUUUUUCCUGUCUUGCAUUGUGGUUUCAUAUACAGUUUCUAGACGACUAAAUAUGCACAGCCAAGACUGGGAAGUUAAACUAAGGUUAUCAAUGUUUAAAAAAAAGGAAAAAAAGCUUUGUAUCUUUACCUUGUUUAAUAAACAGACUGUUAUAAAUUCA